AGCACCUGGAUGAUGGAAGUUAGUAACGUGGACUGAGCUUGAGAUGUCUUCAGAUUGCUGAACAUGUUUUAAAGGUAGUGAAACGCACGGGGUUGGCAGAGCACUGCAGGAAGCGCACCUAUACUGGUUUUCUGACUGCAGGGCGCAGGAAAUGGGAAUUGUUAAUUAGUGCUCUGUCGUGAAAGUAGGGACGAACAGGAGGCACUUCCUCCAAGAACUCAGUCACCUUGCAAGUCCGACCCUCCCUCGAGUUUCACUUUGGAGUUCCCUGGCACCUCGCAGCUCCUCGCCCAGCAUCUCACCUGUGCCGCCGGACCAUGGAUUCCACACGGCAGAAGGUUUCUAAGGCGCUUCGGAUCGACGUCGCGGAAAACAGGCAGCGUACGUGCAUCUGGAAGGGUUAGAGGGAAGCUGCCAAUGUGAAGGAAAAACAGUGCGACCACCUCACGUUACGGUGCAUGGCCCCUCGACAAAGUGGCAACGAUCAUGCACAAGCCCCUCCGAAAGCGGAGCGUCUACGUGUUGCUGUGUUUUGGCAUCAUUUACCUCCGGCUCGGGGCCCUGUCCUCGGUGGUGGCUCUGGGUGCCAACAUCAUCUGCAACAAGAUUCCCGGGCUGGCACCUCGCCAGCGGGCCAUCUGCCAGAGCCGCCCGGACGCCAUCAUUGUUGUUGGUGAAGGCGCCCAGAUGGGCAUCAAUGAGUGUCAGUACCAGUUCCGAUACGGACGCUGGAACUGCUCGGCGCUGGGAGAAAGGACAGUCUUCGGUCAGGAGCUGCGAGUAGGCAGCCGGGAAGCAGCGUUCACCUAUGCCAUCACAGCGGCAGGGGUGGCCCACGCCAUCACUGCAGCCUGCAGCCAGGGCAACCUGAGCCAGUGCGGCUGCGACCGUGAGAAGCAGGGGUAUUACAACCAGGAGGAGGGCUGGAAGUGGGGCGGCUGCUCAGCUGACAUCAAGUACGGCAUCGAGUUCUCUCGCCGGUUCGUGGAUGCCCGGGAGAUUAAAAAGACCCCACGCCGCCUCAUGAACCUGCAUAACAAUGAGGCGGGGAGGAAGGUUCUAGAAGAAAGGAUGAAGCUAGAGUGCAAGUGCCACGGUGUCUCAGGAUCCUGCACCACCAAAACCUGUUGGACUACACUUCCAAAGUUCCGCGAGAUUGGCUACCUACUCAAGGACAAGUACAACGAAGCUGUGCACGUGGAGGUAGUCCGGGCUAGCCGACUGCGACAGCCCACCCACCUCAAGGUGAAGCAGACUCAGGGCUACCGCAAGCCAAUGGAGACCGAUCUCGUCUACAUUGAGAGGUCGCCCAACUACUGCGAGGAGGAUGCGUCCACAGGGAGUGUGGGCACGCAGGGACGCCUGUGCAACCGCACUUCACCACACACAGAUGGCUGCGACCUUAUGUGCUGCGGCCGGGGCUACAAUACACACCAGUACACCAAAGUGUGGCAGUGCAAUUGUAAGUUCCAAUGGUGCUGCUUCGUCAAGUGCAACACGUGCAGUGAGAGGACGGAGGUGUUUACCUGCAAAUAAGGACGCGAGGAACUCAGUGCCAGGAAUUGAGGCGCCAAGUACAAGCUGAAUGAGGAAGACCUGGUAGAGCGAGAUAAAAGUGUGACUGGGACCAGUGAGGGAUUUUGAAAUAAAAGGAAUGGAGAGGUACACUAUCAGCUCUUCAUGGCAUCGUUUUGCACAGCAGAAUCUUAUCUAAUUGCUUCUCAGAAAGUAAAUGCUAAAUAUCAUUAGGUAAUACCCCAGAACUUUACUGUCACAUAGAGGUUAUGCUCACGUACUGAUGUAUCCGCAGUGAAGUUGGGACUACAGGUACUGAAUGAGGCCCUCGGUUGCACUCUAGGAAGUUGUGACUGUUCAUUUCUCAAGAGACUUGUGCACGGAGAGGAAACGCAGUACCCCGGGACUAGAUCAAAAUGACAGCAGCUGACGAAGGGUGACUGAGAGAGAUUUAUCAAGUCUUGAUUGAAAACUUGUAUGGGUUCUUGUCCUUUUUUGUCACUCAAGGGGAGCAAGUGAAUCUUGACAUGAAUCGCCCCCCUUCCCUUAAACUGUUUGGGGCUAAUGUUAGAGGUUUGCAGAAAUGAAGAACAUUUUGUAAGCAUGGUGCGUUCAGGUGUACCAAAAUCUGAGAGGAGAACUCUGUUAGACCCUCUGCUGCCAACUGGAAUAUGGUGGAGUAUGUUAGUUUUCCAGUCACACUGGAACUGUAUGUUCUGAACACUGAAAAUAAAUUGUUUAUUUAUGUUAUAGUAUCUUAAAAACAAAGCACUAACGGGUAGAGAUGUCUUUUUUUGUACUAAGUGUAAAGAAAAAUACUUUUUAGAAACUCUGACUGAAGAUGUGUAUCUAUUAGAACAUGCCCCCCACCCCAUCCCUAAAGUACCCCAUCUUUUCAAAAAAAAAAAAGAGAGAGAAAGAAGGUAAAUGGGUUUCAUGGCUACUGGUGCUUAGACAAAAUUUACAUCAUUACAGUGUGUUUCACAUUCAAUCAUCUAGCUUCUAUUUUACUGUAGCAUAGAUUGUUUCCACUUCAUUCCUCCAAACAGUAACAUCUGUUUGGACGCUUUUGCAAUUUCAGUUAAGAGACAGAAGCAAGAAAUCACAUUUAACUAAAGAGAUUCUUCCUCUAAUCAUUAACCAUGAAACUUGAUAUGUUGCUGGAUGUGUUGUCGAGUGUUGCACUGAUAUUCAGAUACGACUCAUGAGAAAUGAAUAAACUCCCAUUUGACUCAAUUUGGCAGUUCAUUGCUAAAAAGUCAACUGAAGUUGAACCUGCCUGAAGAAAUAGUGGUUACUUCAUUUUGAAACAUCUGUGAGACUGUGGUUAGUGGAGUGAGGAUUAAUACGAUACACCCACGCAUAUAAUAGCAGAGUUAACCAAAACUAUGAAAGAUAUUAUGAUAUUAUUAUUAAUAUUUAGUCUGAUAUGCUGCCAGUCAAGCCCUUUUUAACUGUUUUACAUUACACAAGGCCAGUGGCUUUCAUCUGAUGACAAAUUAGCGUCUGUGGGCAGCGGCCCAUAAUUGGAAUUUUCUGAUGUUUACAGUCGAUAUCCAGGCAAAUACUCUGUCCUCCAUUUGUCAUUCACUGUUUACUAUCCGACUAGUUUCUUUUACCACGAGUUCAAGGUUUCUGCUCCAUAUUUAAACUAGCUAUCUGCGUAUCAAUGAAAUGACUAUAAAAUCCGAUAGAUUAUGCCUUUCGUCUAUUGUGUUCUGCGUCAUUUGCGUUCCACAGACUGAUAACCUGUAGGCAACAAAAGCAUUCUCAAACGUGAUUGGUCAAAAAAAAAAUUGUAACCAUAAGAAGGCUUCAAGCCCUUAAAUCAUGUCCCUCACCUACAGAAUCAAAUGCAGGUUCACUCAUUUGUUCUCACACGGGUUCUAGAGCUGGCUUGCAGGUCAGCUCUCUUCUGUUGCAAUAAUAGAGGAUAAACCCAUUUAUAAAAAAUUUGAUGAACUUUUGGAGUUACAAAUGUAAAACAAGAAACAGUUUAGACAGAUUACCUAAAUGACCAUACAGUUUGUCAGCUGUGAUGGAUUUCACAGACAGAUAAUAGACUUACUGUUCAUCUUUCUCCUCCAAAUAAGUAAAGCUGUUAAAUUGGUAAGUACAAUGCUAUCAUCAUUGAUAAGAAGAAUGACUCGGAUGAUAAAAAAAAAGUUAGGCGCUGUGAAAGUUUGCUGACAAAAUAGAGUUACACUGGUGCUUGUUACAAUAAUCCAGAGGAUCUCUGUCCUCUCUUGUUGUGCACCAAGAAAUUGUUGAAAAGCAUUUUUAACUCCCUAUAAAAGCAUGUACUUUAGCCUCAUAAGCUUGAAGGGGGGAUAACAGAAAUUCAAGCGAGUUGCUUCACCCUGUGCCCAGUCUUUAUGCUAAGCUAUGCUAAGCUAAGCUCAUCGUUGCCUGUCUGUAGCUGCAAACGUGACACACAUACAUGAGGUAACAAUCUGCUCACGUUGUCGGCGAAAAAUGUCCAACUAUUUCUGUAUUUCAUGCAGAAUGAGGAAAGGGACAUAAACCAUAGAGCGACACUUCUCUUCUCUGGCUGAGAAUCUGCAGUGCUUCGGAACACUUCACUAUAACCACUUUAUUUUCGAAUAUUCAUGUUGUCGCCUUUUACCCAGCUUUAAUCUACAAUAGCCCAUUUUCCGAGGUUGUGUCAGGUUUACAGACUGUAUAGGCCAGUUUACUUUUUGGUUUACAUAUUAAUUGAGAGGUUUAGAAUGUAAUAUAACUUUUGCACAUUUAUAGUAACCACAUAUUUUAGUUAUUAAGAGACUGAUGUAGCCUAGUCUUGCACUUAGCAUUAUUAGUGCUGUUUGUAGUUAUGUUUGCAUUAUUUGUAACUUAUUUUAGAGCGGCUACUCAAAUGGAUGCAGAUUUCAUGUGAAUAAAAAUAAAUGCAUAUGUACUCA